UAAUAAUCAGAACAAAACCAACCAUUUAAAAAAAAAAAUAGAAAUGGUGGCAGAGAAGCUGAUCUGAAAGGAAUGGCGUUCAUUUGGCGGUUCUGUGGUGUGUCUCUAUGCAACUUCACAGCCUCUAAUGCCCAGAAAGGUCCUUCUCCUUCUCUGCCCAUAACCUUGGACUUGGAGCAUCAUAUAACAACACCAUCUUUACUUUCUUCCAUCGAAGAAGAAGAAGGACGCGCGGUUAAUAGGAGACAACUUAUUCUUCACACGCCAGUAGCAGCAGCAGCUGCAUUUGCAGUCCCAAAUGCAUUGGCACUCAAUGAUGUGUCUGAGGAUGUUCGUGUCUACACUGACGAUGAGAACAAGUUCAAGAUUGAGAUUCCCGAAGAGUGGCAAGUGGGAACAGGAGACGGAGAAUCUAGUGGGUUUAAAUCCAUAACUGCUUUCUACCCAACACAGGCAUCCAAUUCCAAUGUGAGCGUUGUGAUCACAGGGCUGGGACCGGAUUUCACCAGGAUGGAAUCCUUUGGCAAAGUUGACGAGUUUGCUCAGACUCUAGUUAGUGGGCUUGACAGAAGCUGGCGAAAACCCCCGGGUGUGGCUGCUAAACUCAUAGAUUGUAAAUCAUCUAAUGGGAUUUAUUACAUCGAGUAUUUGCUGCAAAAUCCUGGUGAGAGUCGCAGGUAUUUGUAUUCAGCUAUUGGGAUGGCAUCAAAUGGUUGGUAUAACAGACUGUAUACCGUGACAGGACAGUAUGUGGAAGAGGACACAGACAAGUAUGCUUCAAAAGUUCAGAAGGUAGUUGCAUCAUUUAGGUUCAUAUGAAGAAAAUGGUCAUGACGAGGAAGAAUUUUUAUCACAGCACUUCAUCUAUUCUAUUUCAUUAUGGAUUUUCCUGGCAUUGUUCUUUAAGCUAGAUAUGGCAUUCUAGAUCGGACUGGUAUGAUAAAAACCAUGACAUUUCCUUCGAGAUUGUUGAAUGAAAGUAAUAUACUUAGUGGCCAUAAUUGACAAUUGAACAUAAUUGAUUAAACAUUUUACAGUGAAGGCAAGUGUCUGAUCAAA